GGGACUGCCAUUUUCAAAUCUGCUGCAAAAAGAGCGGAAGCAGAUCAGAUUUUCGAAAAUUUCAAACCCCCUCUCCCUCCAAGAUUUAUUUGGUCGAAAACGGAUGGGAAGUAAGAAAGAUAAAGAUUUCUACCAUAGCCUUUCAAGGAAAGAGCUUCAAAGUUUAUGUAAGAAAUAUGGUCUACCUGCUAAUAGGUCAAGUUCGGAUAUGGCUAGAUCACUGGCCUCCUAUCUAGAGAACCAGAGAUUGGGUUCAAUGACUAUGAGGGAAAGAUUGUAUGAAAUUCAAGAGGCUGGACUUCCAUUCUCCCUGCAACUCCCUUUCAAGGAUUCUGAUAAAGAUUUCUAUGGACUCAUCUCUUGUCAAACAGGCAGUUGUAAUGGAGGAAAUUUUUCUGAAGCUGUUAAAAGUAAUGGAUUGGGUUGUUGUACAGGGGAUAAAUUUUAUCAUAAGGAUGACUAUGGUGGUGAUUCUAUAUUUUUCCAGCAAACACAACAUCCUCAGUUUGUUACUCAGUAUAAUGAUAGUGGUUUUAAGAAUAAAGAGUUCCCAACAAUAUACUUCAACAGAAAUUGUCCGAGUCUUACAAGAGGGGGGAAUAUUAAUGAUGUGCCUCAAAUUGGAAACAAAAAUGUGGAUGUUGGUUCAUGUUCUAAUGAGGCUGACUUUCAUUCCUCCAUAAACACUUCAACUGUUUCUUCCUCUUCUUUUCAGUUUCAUGUAAAAUCAGAAGAGGGCAUUAACCUUUAUGUUGAUUUAAAUUCAAACCCAUCAGAAUGGGUUGAGAAAUUGAAGAGUGAGGUUUCUAUAUGCCAGAACAUGUCCCAUAGCAAGCCUCAGAGUUUCCGUAAUGAGCUUGGGCACUUUGAGGAAAGUAGUAAGCAGUUGAAAAGUUCUUUUCAAUUGAAUGUAGAAGAUGGGAGAAUAGAAGAUGGUCAUAUACACUCUGGAUUACCCCCAAGUUUGAUCAUAAAAGAACAUCAUGCAUUGCUGCUUGAUAAUUCAAAUGGAGAUGAAAGGCCCACAGGCUCCACUGUAAUGACAUGUGCUGAAGCUGUGGACGUGUCAGAGCACUUAGAAGGACAUCAAGGACUGCCCUCAUUUAAAGCUCUUCCUGAUGUUCAAGAGGAAAUAAUUUCUUCUGGUGCAUCCUCUGCUAAAGAUGGAUGUUUGAUAACUCUUGAUUCAAAUAUUAAUUCUCCCAAGGAGAUGUUAGCCAGUGAUGCUAUGUUAAAUAUAUCAGAUGGUGCACCAAAUCUUCUCAUAGUGAAGCAUAAGAAUUCUACUCUUGAAAAUGAAACAUGUGAUAAUUCUACCGUGCAAAAUGGUUGUAAUCCUGUGAGUUCUGGUGUAAUAGUUCCUGGAUACAUGUCAGAUGGUUCAUUGCAGAUGCCAAUGCCCAAAGACGUGGUUCACCAGAAAAAGGAUUUACAUUCACCUAGUGAAAAUGAUGAAUUUGGGAAUUUGGUUGAUCAAAAGCAUAAUAUUUAUGCGGAACAAGGUGGAGUAGUAGGCUCAACUGGGCUUUGUCAAGAGAUAUUUAGGAAUCAGUUGCCGACAUUAGUUGAAGAACAGGAUAGGAGCAAAGUUAUUAAUUGGGGAGAGAGUUCGGAAUGCUCACAUGAUGAAUUAUUUGAAAAUUGUGGAGUGCUUGAUAAUAUUGAUUCUAAUGGACUUGGGAAAAAGAGAGCAUAUAUAGAUGGUGAUCAGAAUGAUUGUGGCAUGCUUGAUGCCAAGGUUUUAAGAAGCAGAAAGCAUCCUAUUAGGAAGGUUGUUCCUAGAAGAUCCAUGCGGCUGGUUUCCAAGGGUCUUCAUCUUCUACCAACUUUGUUCUCCUAUUGGUGUUCCUCAUACAUGGGAGAACAACUACAAGCAUGAGAUUCUAGAUCCACCAUUUUUGAUGUAGAUCAUGUUUUAUAUGUUAGUCAAUAGUUGGCUUAUGUAUAUGGGGUGAAUUUUUUACGAUAGUUAUUUGGUUGAACCAUGCUUGAAUGCAUCUUUUUAAAGAAGAUAGUAGAAUUUUAAACGUAGGACUGUGCAUAAAACUGACAUUGUUUAAAAUAAACCUUAAUCAUGCUUGAUUGAAUCAUGCGGGGAUAGUUUCUUACCUUAAUCAGCCCUGUU